AUGAAUAGAAACAUCUCAACGUGGGCAACUGAAAACACAACAAUGAAUGGAAAUGACAUUCCACCUACACCCUGUGACAUCAUGAACCUUACCCUAGAUUUUCUCAUUCUCAUCUUUGCAGUGGUUGGGCUGGCAGUUCAUAUUGUAUAUUCCCUAAAGCGUAUCAUUGACUCCUUCUACUCCAUCUCCAACUCUAAACCCAUCCCUGUCUUUAUCCUCAUUGUGUUCAUCUUUGCUUACCUUGUUGGUCUGAGCAUGCUCAGUGCCAUUAGUGCUGAAUGCGUUCAUAUUGUAUAUUCCCUGAAGAGUAUUAUUGACUCCUUCUACCCCGUCUCCAACUCUGAAUCCAUCCCUGUCUUUGUCUUCCUUGGGCUCAUCUUUGCUUACCUUGUUAGUCUGAGCAUGCUCAGUGCCAUUAGUGCUGAGCGCUGCCUGUCUGUCCUGUGGCCCAUCUGGUACCGCUGCCGACGCCCGAGACACGCAUCGGCUGUCAUCUGUGCUCUGCUCUGGGCCUUGUCUCUGCUUUUAAGCAUCCUUGAAGGGAAAGGAUGUGGCUUCCUGUUGCCCAGUUUUGACUAUGAUUGGUGUCGGGCAUUUGAUUUCAUCACUGCUGCGUGGGUGAUUGCUUUGUUUGUGGUUCUCUCUGGGUCCAGCCUGGUCCUGCUGGUCAGGAUCUUCUACAGACCACAUCGGAUGCCUGUGACCAGGCUGUAUGUGACCAUUGCACUUACAGUGCUGGUCUUCCUGCUCCUUGGCCUGCCCUUUGGGAUAGAAUGGUUUCUUUUAGCAUGGAUUGAGGAUUUUUAUUUUUCACUCCCUUGUCAUUUGUAUGGGCUGACGAAAUUCCUAUCGUCUGUUAACAGCUGUGUCAACCCCAUCAUUUACUUCUUUGUGGGCUCCAUUAGGCAACGCAGGUUCCAAGGUCGUCGCCCUCGUACUCUCAAGCUGAUCUUGCAGAGAGCCAUGCAGGACAUUCCUGAGGAAGAAGAAGGUGAGACGGGUUCUUCAGAAAAGCCCGGAGAAGUGGAAACAGUGUGA